GCCUGAUGGAAACACAAACGGGGAGACGUCCGGGGAAGAUGCUGCGGGGGCCGUGACACGACCACGAACCGCUCUCGGUGCGUGUCAGCUCCAGCUGCACCUGUCGUGGAUGAUUUUCCCCGAUGGGUUGUGGAGGAAGUCGGGCGGACGCGAUCAUCGAGCCGAGGUACCAUGAAAGCUGGACGAGGGAAACAGAAUCGACGUGGCUCACCAAUACAGAUAUAGACACCCCCAUAUCCAGUUCCACCGGUAAACCUGUAGAGGCCAGUAAGGAGAAGAGGAUGGUGAACACGGGCAUCCAGUGUGGGAAACAGGCCCUGAGCUCCAAUGGCUCCAGCCAGCAUCGGAGAGCCAGGCGCUCCUUCAGUGAUCAGAGUACACGUGACUCUAAAAGGCAGGCAUCAAAGGAAGCUGCUGCUCUGUCCAAAGAAGGCCAGCCUGCAAGUAUCAACAGUAGUGAAGAUCCUGAACCUGGGAACGCAUGCGACGAGAGAUGAAAUGAGAGCUGAGACACUGUGAAGAGGCGGCUGGCUGACCAGAACAGAAGAUGUGGUACUUUUUUUGCAGACCUGCGUGGAUGGUGUUUGCUGUUGACUUUGCAGGAUCCUGGAUAAUAUAUGGUGGUGAUUGACAACUUCAACACCUGCUCAUGUCUCCACCCAACGCUCUUUGGAUGCUGCAUCAUUGUUGCAUGUGUAAGAAAGGGAGUGGGUAACAGCGUUCACACUUGCCACCAUGCUAUUCUUCCAUGCCUAUGGUACUGGUCAGGGAAUGUGUCACUGUGUUUAGACAAUUAUAAUAUUAUAUUGUUUUUUCUUUAAAGGACACAUUUCCCCAUAUGCACAUGAUAAUCAUGAUCUGCGCAUCAAAUGUGUUCUUGCCAGGGCCUUUCUCAAGAAUUUGCUUUAGGUCUUUGUGGAAGAAAACUCCAUUUGUUGUUAGUAUGGAGUCACUGUUUAAACCCUACCUGAAGUGCUGUUUUGAAGCUGAAAUCUAGAUGUUUCAAGCUUGAAGGCUAAAGACUGUCUUCUCUAGCUUUUGCAAGAUAAAAACAACAACAAAAUAACUAAACCCGCAUGUGCCUACAAUUCCUCUUGAUUUGAGCUGCUUUUGUUGUAACUUAGAGGGUUAUUUAUUCACUUAUUCUGUAUGAUGUGUUUGACAAUUUUUUAUUAUCUCUAUUUGUGUGUAAGUGUGUGUGUCUGUUAUGUUGCACCUUUUUAUUUACAACAAUUUAAUGUUACCACAUGUAAUUCUGGUGGCUCACACUGACUGCAUGUACACAUUAAUCUCAUAAUGAUUAGGUAUUACUAACUGAAGUCCCAGAAAUGUUGAAGUUAAGUAUUCAUCCAAAAAAAUUGAAUAUGAUCAGCAGAUGGCGAUGUUGACAAACUGUUAGUAUUGACAGCAACUGCUUGAGGAAAAAGAUGGAUUUUUAAAGAGGCUUUGUUUUAGCUUGCUCAAAUAUAAAUGGAAAAUAAUCUGCUGAUCAUAUAGCUUUAAAGUUUAAUUUAACCAUAUUAAUCAUAUGACUGUAAGUACUGUAACUUGUGAAGAAUUUUUGAUGAUUCACUGAGAUUAUAAUGGUGAUAUUUUCGACUCACACCACAUUUUUGAUGGAAAACAAACUUUAGAAUUUAACAUAUAGGAUCUAUUUUAAUUUUUUGUCUUCAUUAAAAUUGUUGCUGGCUGCAAUUGUGAAACCUGGCUAAAGACGUGCUGUGUGUGCAAUCAUUUCUCGUUCACUACAGUAAAGGCAAAAGCAUGUUUUAAAAGCAUAAAUCAGCAAAGUCUGUGGUUUAGAAACUUAGUUAUAUACAAUUUAAUCCACUGUUCUCACACUUUAGACGAUUUUUAUAAAUGUAUAAAGCCUAUACCAAUCAAAUUCUUUAUUAUGGCAAAUAU